AUGCGGCUGGCCUUCUCCUACGCGGCGACAGCCUCAUCGUGCGCCUCCUCCAAAGCCUCCCACUCCUCGGCCACCACGCGCAUUGACCUCUCGUGGGUUGCGCGGGCCGAGGCGAUACGGGCCUCCAGGAGCCUACCGACCUCUUCCAGCCGGCCCCUCUCUUCAAUGAGAGCGGCGCGGUCCCUGUCGAGCUCGGCUCGCUCUGUCACCACGGCCACUUCAAGCCGCUCGAUAACCUCCCGGGCGCUUCCGAGCACAUCCGGGAGGGGUUUCGGGGCCUGGCUUGACGGUGGUCGGGUGCUGGGUCCCCUGCGAGCCCUCUCUGCAGAGGCUCUUGGAGUCCCUGACGACUGCCGCGCCGGCGCCGCCGGCGCCACCCUUGCCGCAACCAGCUCCACCGCGGCCACUCGCUCCGCCCUCGGAGUAAUUGGUGCGGGCUCGGAUGGCGCUGGCUGCUCGGGAGUGCCCACUGCCCUCGGCUCAGGGCAGGUCGGCGCCCUCGGCUCCAGGCCCGCUGGCGCGCUCGGCUCAGGAGCGGGAACCGGCCUCAGCUCCUCUGGCUGGCCUCCCGCAGGUUCCUUGGGCAAAAAGGUGAGUAGCUAA